AUGUGUCACCUGUAUGAGUACCACUUUGUUGAAGAACAGAAGACCUGGGGAGAAGCACAGAAAUACUGCAGAGAGAAGUACACAGACCUGGCCAAAGUGUUUGACAUGGUGGACGUGAGAAGACUCUGUAACUCCACACAGAAUCAAGGAGAAGCCUGGAUUGGACUGAACAACACAGGAGGAAACAGGACGUGGCACUGGUCUCUGCCAGGAGUGAAAUACACUGAGAAUAACAGCAGUUGGAAUCUGUCUGGAAGAUAUGGUUCUGAGUCUCCAGGGAACUGUGGGAGGCAAAGGCACAAGUGGGCAGAUGUUACAUGUAAUAAAACUAUGUGGUUCAUCUGCUAUGAUGAAACCAGGAAAGACAGCAAAACAUUGUAUUUGAUAAAGGAGUUUAUGAACUGGACACGGGCUCAGAACUACUGCAGAUACAAUCACACUGACCUGGCCAGCGGACCUGAUCAGGCAGAAGGCAAAGAAAUGGAGAACCUGGUAAAAUUUCAGGGUCCAUUCAGCGCCUGGAUCGGCCUGUUCAGAGACAGCUGGAGGUGGUCAGAUGGGAGUGAUUUCUCUUUCAGACUCUGGGAUACAGAUAAAUUUAUCCUGAUUAAAGAAAACAAGACCUGGGAGCAGGCCUUGGAUUACUGCAGAAAGACUCACAGGGACCUGGUCUCCAUCACUGACCCUCAGGAGCAAGAACGGGUCCAGGAGAAAGCCCAGAAUGCCUCGAGUCCUUUUGUCUGGCUGGGACUGCGCUACACCUGCACUCUGGAUCUGUGGUUCUGGGUCAGUGACAAGUUAGUCUGCUAUGAGAAGUGGGCCAGAGAGGGAAAGACUGAGGAGUGUGACAGGGCUGUGGGCAUGGACAGAGGAGGACAGCAUGAGUGUAUUCACGUUGACAAAGAGUCCAAUACCACCAUCUAG